UUUAAAUUAAAAAAAUCUAUUUAUCACUAUUACACUAUGAGAUGACGGCUUGUCUCUGGUUUUAUCUGUGCACGUGCAAGAAGGUUCACGUCAAGCCCGCGCGCACGGUCGUAUUUUCUUUGCGCGCAAUAAAUGAGCGCAGCGGACGCUUGUGGGUGAAGGAGAGGCUGUGCUGAGAGACGGUUAGCAGUCAGGUAGAUGUUUGGAGGAGAUGUCUCAGCAGUCGCUCGUGGGCUGACCGCUCGAGCGUCAAGGAAUGCGCGAGAGGAGAUGAAACCGAGCGACGCGAGACCUUUCCACCAGAGGACCGAGAUUACAGGCUUGUCGUCGAGCUCUGCCGACAGAAGUUUCGUAAAUGAAGAUUUCUGCCGUUUUACACCUGGUUGCUGUCGCGGCUUUACUUCACUCCUGUUCUCACGUGUGUGCCGUUCCUCCAGAAUGUGAUCUAGACUUCAUGCUACUCAGAGAGGAGGAAAACUGCUACAACAUCAUCUAUCAAGAGAACCUGACAGAGACUGGGUCCACACGCACAGGCUGCAGUGCUUUAUGGGAUGAUCUGAACUGUUGGCCUCAUGCUGGAGUGGGAGAGACUGUGUCAAGGCCAUGCCCCAAUUUCCUUCGGGUCAAAGGAGCGGUGAUGAAGAACUGCACUGAGAGCGGCUGGUCGGAAGUCUUUCCCCCGUAUGAACUCGCCUGUGGCCAUGGCCUCAACGACAGCUUUCAAACCCCAAUCGACUUGGACGUCUCACAGGAGUAUUUCUUUUAUGUGAAGAUUAUGUAUUCUGUGGGAUACGCCAUCUCUUUUGUGUCACUCAGCAUUGCCCUUUCAGUGCUGUGUGUGUUCAGGAAGCUGCACUGCACUCGCAAUUUUAUCCACAUGCAGCUUUUUCUGUCCUUCAUCCUGAGAGCCAUCUUCAUCUUCAUCCGAGAUGCCGCGCUGCAUUACUCACAGGAGUACUACCACUGCAACUCCCAUCCGCCUGGCUGUAAAGUGGCACUGUUCCUGUCUAAUUACUGCAUCCUGGCAAAUUACAGCUGGCUGCUGGUGGAAGGACAUUAUCUGCACAGCCUCAUUAACCUCUCACUGCGCUCACAGUCGAAACGCCUGCACUGGUACAUCCUGCUUGGCUGGGGGAUCCCGAUGCUCAUUAUUAUUAGCUGGAGUUUGGCCAAAUACCUGCAUCAGGAUGAAGGAUGCUGGGAGACGAGAGAUCAUGGCUGGAUAUGGUGGAUACUGCGAGUACCAGUCAUCAUUUUCAUCACAGUAAACAUGCUGUUUUUUCUGAGCAUCAUCCGGACGUUGGUGGCGAAAAUGAAAGCCCCCGACAUGCAUGGAAACGAAAUCAAUCAUCACAGGAAGCUGGCGAAAUCUACGUUUCUCUUAGUGUCGCUGUUCGGCCUGCAGUAUGUGCUCUUCGCCUUUUUCCCCGAUAGAGUGAGCAUGCUAACCUUCAAAAUCUGGAAUGUCAUUGAGCUAGCGUUAGCAUCCACGCAGGGGUUUAUCGUGGCACUGCUGUACUGUUUUCUGAACGGAGAGGUGCAAUACGAAGUCCAGAGACGAUGGAGACGGUGGCGCCUGAAGCAGCGUUUCCAUGGAGACCCCAGGGUGCAUCACGGCUCUCUGAGUAACAGCGGCCUGCCGCUGACGCAGGUCUCCCUGCUCACGCGUCCCAGCACCUGACAACCACAGCGACACGCAGCGUCCCAUGCCACAUCCAAAGACCAGUGUAUGAAAACGAUUGUGUUUGUCUCGUAUUUUCAUGGUGUCAUAGUCGUUAUGAAACAUAUGCCUGUAUCCGCUGAAAGUAACUUAUUAGUGCUAUCAAACGAUUAAUCGCGAUUAAAUGCAUUCGAAAUAAACGUUUUUGCUUACAUUAUAUAUA